GCGCAUCCGGUGUCCGCAUAGUAUGGGACGUGUUUUAGAUAUUUUUCUGCAGUUUAUUACUUAUUGUCACCUCAGCGAAUAACACGCAUGUGUAGUUGAAUCCUGACCGGUUGAAUAAUGAAUCCUGCCUUCAGAAAGCUGCAGGCGUCUGUGUUGAAUCAAGCCUUAUGUCGAGUCACAGCCUCCGUCCGGUCCCCUGUCUGGUGCACCGCGUUCACAAAUGAGAGACAAUACAGAGGCGCGCCAACCCAGGGGAUCGGAAGGUGGAGGCACCUGUUACCCAAACAGGAGGUCAAGAAAAAGAGAGACCGAGUGCAGAUGAAACCGAUCGCGGCGGCGACCCCGACGGCGUACGGGACCCUGAACGUCACGGUGUCGGGCUACGACAUGACGGUGGUGGAGCAUUACUCCCAGUACAUCCACAACCUGUGCAACCGGCUCGGCAUCGAGGUGACUGAGAGCUACGCUUUACAGACUAAAACCACAGAGGUCAUGCUGAUGCAGGAGCAAGGCACCAAGACGAUCGUCGACACCAUCCUGAAGACUCACCUGCGAGUCGUCCAGCUGAACAGUCUGAGCGCCGCGCUGUGUCCCAUCCUCAUGGAGGUCCUGUUGAAGAAUCAGCCUGAAGGGGUUCAGCUGUCUGUGACGGAGCACACCGAGGCGGAAUACCUGGCUCGCUUCAAGGCUCGGCCGGAGCUGGAGGGCCUCAUGGCUCAGAUGGGCCAAUAGGUCUUCCUCUGCUGACUCCGUUUGUCCAAAUACAUCCUCUCUCCGAGUAUAUUUAUUGUCUAGUCGAACAACUACAGAACUGAUGUUCAAGGAAAUUUUAUUGUGACUUUUGGAAAUAAAUGUUCUUUCAUUUCUAUUAACAAGAAUGUAUUUUUUAUUUAUAUCUGCAAAGAAACAACAUUCCUAAACAUUCUGUCUGCUCGAAAGGAAACUCCAGGCAACACAGGGUUGGUUAGCAAAUAUAUUUUAAUAUAUAAUAUUUAUAUUCAUUUAGCACAAUGACAAAAUGGCAUAAUUUCAGUUCAGUCUCAUUUAAAUCAUGACAAAAAAAAGCCACACCUCUGAAUUUGUUGAAAUACCUCAUGUCAUGUUUUUGUUGCGGAACAAAUCCUGACGCACGUCUUUUUGCCCCCACCUUAGCAAAAAGUGUCUAACAGCACUGAGCCCAUGGCAUCCGACAGGGGAGAGAUGUGAGCUGAAUGCAGAAAAUACAACAGAAAUACAACUAUGUCGUCUUCUUUUUUUUUCUUCUUUUAUCUUUUUUUUUUUUUUUUUUUGUCACUGG